AUGCAAUACCACGAGGAGGAACGUCUGGCGUUUCGUCUUGAGUUUCGGAAGAGUGAGGUGCUCAACCGUGAGGUCAAGAAACCAUCCUCGUGUGAUGAACGUCCCUGCAUCUUCGGACUUUCCGUCUUCUCCUCUUUUUGGCUUCUCUCCCACCUCCUCACGGCCAGAGGUUCCGCCACCACUGCUGCCCCGAAUGUCAUUGGCCUCCGUCUCGGCGGGUUAGCGCCGGCUGAAGUGAUGAAAGAUGCAUCGCGAGGAGUAGCGGAGGCCAACGAGGCCCUCAUGUGGAUGCUGACUGGCUGCAAGUCCCACUGUGACAAGCUUGGCCGAUUCUCCAACGCAACCAGUCACACCCGAGGAUCAACAAGCCCUAAAAGUGCAGAGCUGCAUCCUGCAUCUGGCACCAGCGUCGGAUCUCCAAUCAUUGCCCCGGUUGCUCAUGUGCGAUCGUGCACUCGGCGCUUACUUUGGCAUGGCUGGAGUGAUAUACGGCCAUGGACUGCAGUGCUGCCCCUCUGCGUUCCCGUCGCGGAAGACGGCCCCGGAGCUGCUCAGACUGCUGCGUGA